AUGAAAGCUGCUGGAGAUGUGCGCGGUUUCCUUGUCGAUGGAUUUCCAAGAAAUCAAAAUAAUCUAGAAGGAUGGAACGCUGAAAUGACUGGAAAAGUCGACGAAAAAUUCGUCCUGUAUCUCUCAUGCCCCGUCGAUAUUUGCAUCUCACGAUGUUUGAAUCGCGGACAAGGAAGAACUGACGACAACGAAGAAUCGCUCAAAAAACGCGUCGUCACCUACAAUAGCCAAACUUUCCCAAUCAUUGAACAUUUCGAGAAAUCCGGACAAGUUCGCGAAGUGAAAAGUGAAAGACCGGUGGAAGAAGUCUAUGCGGAUGUUGUCAAACUUUUCAGCUAA